AUGCGUUUGUUGUUUUAUCGUGCUCCCAAAAUUUUGCCGCGGGCGACAUUCGGCGCCAAGCUGGAACACCUUUUAUCCUCUCGAGCAGAAGUGAUCAGCCGGAUGCACCGCCCACCACCGGCUGAAGGCAAUGAUCUGGAGCGAUUGUUAGGCCUUCCCCCGAAUCCAAGUCCAGCGUCGUCAACUCCACCAGCUAAUGUACCUAUUUGGCCGGAUGAACAAUCUGCGGCAUUUUGUGCGGUCACACCACCUAUAGAAACCUUCAUGGAAGUCCCUGACGAGAUCAGGCGUGAGCAGUUCUUUAACACUGCACGGCGGGAUGACAUACUUGUUGGUCUGGUCACUGUGAUUCAGGAUUCCGGUUUAGUUGUUACGAUCUUGGCUUAUGACCAAGGGCCCAGACGAGAUUUCGAUGGUCUCAAACUCACCGGCUUUUGUCCUUUGCGUCAGUUGCCUCGGUACAACGCGCACGGGAAUGCGUUGGACUCAUUCCAAAUUGGCGAUAAAGUUCGAGCUUUCAUCCUUGAUGUGCAUGCUACCGGACGCCUGAUAUUGAGCAUGAACUCAAAGAUGUUGAGUCGUGAUUUAUAUGGGGAUAUCAAAUUGGGUCUAAUCACAGAUGAUGAUCUGCCUCUGCACUACAAAAAGUUGCAAAAUUUAGAUGGAAAAUCCUACGAGGCGUACCUGGAAUCCACCCCGCAAUUUCGAAACCCGGAUGGUUUGCAGGUUCUGUGUGCCCGCAUGGGAAUACCUCGCUCCUCUGCGUGCAGCUUGUUGACUUGUUUCAAUAAGAUUCGGUUACCGAAAUCCGAAAUGGCAUGCGAGUUGAGACGGACGCAAUUGUUGAACUUCUCAAUGAAGCACGUUGCGCAAGGUGUGAAGUAUUUCAAAGAGGGAAGAAACACUGAAGCCCUCCAGUGUUACAAUUUCGCCAUCGAGGUAGAACCUACAAAUCCUGAUGCGUACGUCGCAAGGGGCGCACUGUAUGCCUCUAUUGGUACGUACUCGAAGGCCAUAGACGACCUAGAGAAAAGUCUCGAGAUUCAGGCGAACCACGCGAAUGCGAGAAACUAUUUGGGUCAGACGUUGGUCGCCUAUGCUGGAGAAAUCAGUCGAAAAGAUCCAACCAAAGCGGAACAAAUGUUGCACCGAGCACUGAAGCUAGAUCCGGACAACGUGGAGGCACGUGAUGCCCUCAAGGAACUCCCUGCCACUGCCCCUCUUGGUGUGCAUGGUGAUACGAGUCUGCGGUCAUGGUCGAAAACCCCCUCUCCUCGGAGCUCACGUGGGAACGCUCCGAGUCUAAAGCGAAGUCCUCUAUCUCCGGGCGGACCUCGUUCAGGAGGUGGUUAUGCCUCUCAUAUGGAACGCAGCCGUGCUGCUUUGGAGCAGUUAGUUGAGGAAGACCGUACGCGUCGCGCAGCCAAGGAAGCAACUCGGCACGGUCAAGGUACUGAUCAGAGCCCACUUGGCUUUUACUCUCCCGGUCGUGGAAAUGACAGGAGACGAAAUACCGAUUUCCGUGAUGACAUGAAAUCCGGCAGUCAUACGGAAAAAAACAAUAUGGAUCACCGUGGUGAUUUACCGAAGAUUGUGAUUACACGCAAUCGGUCUGGUCGCAUUAUUCGAUGCAGAGACGAUGAUGAUAUGGGUGAUGGAGAUCGUGGUCGGCAAGAUGGAGGAUGGAAGCGAGCACAUGAUGAUGAUGCUUACGAUCGUUCCAAACGGGGACGUUUGGAACCCGAAGGAGAUCAUCGUGGCACCCGCCGAGUUUUCACACCUCCACAAAAUGCUCGUCCGGGUGAAUACGGCUCUCUAACAGUGCACGAAAAUGAAAACGACCUGCCUAUGACCUCUAAAAGUUUACAGGAACGUGUUCAAGCUCGUCUUCGUGCAAUUGAACGUCGACAUCAGUUAGAAGAUGGUUCCUGUCCACCAGAGACAGAUUUGGUGCCUGGGCCUGAGAAGGUCAAAGAAGGAUCGUUCAAUGCGCAUGAAGAGUUUGCCCCUGGUGACUCUCCUCGCGGUGGAUUCCAAGGUCAUUGGCGGGGUGGUGGUUCAGGUCCCAUAAACUUCGAUCGUCGCGGAGGAUUUCAUCGACCCGAUUACUACGGUGGUCGUGGUGGCGGAGGAUACUUUGGUCGUGGACGUGGACGCGCAGCCCCCCGAUGGCGCGGGCAGUGGGAUGACUAUCGUGGUCGAAGACCCAACUGGUAUCCGAACCGGUUUGAUGAUCGUCGACGGGAUGGUCCACCAGGAGGUGGUAGCUAUGAUCGACGUAGACGGCGGCAUGGUUCAACCGAACGCUCCCCUCGUUCUUCCCGUUCUCGUUCCAAUUCUCGGUCACGUUCUCGCGUGUCACGGAGCAGGUCUCGGUCCCUUUCCAGAGGUGUGCGCUCAUCUUCAGGCUCCCGAUCUCCUGUACGCCCUGGUAAUCGGGGGAGGGUAAUUUCUCGUGCACGCAUAAAGACCCCGCCUCUCGCUCCACUGACCAACGCGAAGCGCGCUGAUUCGGACGAUAACUUAGCAGAACUAGAUCAGUUUGUCGCACAGUUGAAGGCCAAACGACAAAUGGAGCAACAGUUUCAACACCAACAGCAGCAGUAUCUCGCGCAGUUCCAAGAACAACCAUUGCCUGCUUAUCCAGGCCCACAACAACCACCGGAUGAAGAUUCCUCGCAGGCAGCUGAUCAAGGCUACCAAGAAGCGAACUAUGGCCAUCCUGAACAAGAAACGAAUGACACUGAUGCUGCAGACCAUGCUGGUUAUAGUGCCGGUGACUCUGGCGAAACAGACGAUCAGGAACCCCCUGAACCGGACUCGCCGGUUGACCGAGAUGAACCAGGCGAAGCUGUUGACUCCGCUGCUAAUGCCGAUGCUCUAUCUAGUCCUGGCAACGGUUUGGUCUCUGAGUCUGUUGCUUCGUAAAUUUCCCUCUCAUCUUCGUCCACUGCAUUCGACCGCGCCAGCGCACUUAAUUACAUAUGCAAAUACCAGUUCUUGUGUGCUGUCCUCAUGCCGAUGACCCCCAAGCCCCGUUUUGAACUUUAGUUUUCCAACUGUUUCUCCCUGUUUCGAUUAUUCCUCCCCUGCACCAUAUUCGUUCAAUAUCAUGUGCGUAUUCUACACGGAC